GCAGACUCAUUUCCAUAAUCACAUUUUUAUUUCUUUUCCCUUGUUUUUCACAUGUUUAACCUUACAAAGGAUCACCUUCACUCAUACCACACACAUGCCACAUUGGGUAAAUUUACAAUGUGAUUUGUUGAGAAAGGAAAUAUACAGAUAAAUAGAAAAGUACAGUCUCCAUAGAGCUAGGAGAAUAGCAUCAUCUUUUUUGUCUAUAUCAGAGAACUCUGACCAUUGCAUUUUAUUUUCUGUCAUUAAUCUUCUACAGACUUGCUGGAGAUUAUUGAAAACCUCAAACUGCCAGUUCUUACCCUUUCCCAAACACUUAGAAAUGUAUGUGACCUCACAAUAAGAAGGAUUUCAUGUAAAAUAUGAUUUUUGUUCCUUUAAAUAAAGAGAUAUUCUUAAAAUUGUUCACCAUUAUGGUACUCAGAACUCUAUGUUAGACCAAAAGACUUAGUGGUUUUAUGAGAGAUUUCAUUUCUGGUUCUUAUCUUUAGUAUUUUUACCAUCUUGGAAUCUUAACUUUUGACCCUUAAUUUCUAUAUGUGUAAACAGGAAGAUAAUCAUAACACUAUCAUUUUGAUAUUAUUGAUUAAUAUGUAAAGGCCCUAGAUUUCUGCCUAAAACUUAUUAAGCAUUUGAUAAAUCUUAAUCUUCUGCUUUUGUCCUUUCACUUAAGCACUUACUGUAACAUUUUUUAUCUACUGAAAAUGUGGUAACUUAGUAAUUUUCACUAGUGAUUAAGAAACAGAAUUUGUCUUUCAGUAUGAUUAUAUGGGCUCUGAAGUGGCGGUUGCAACUGAGAAAGUUGUCCAUAUCUUUGGUCUUAUCAACACUAUGUUUUCCCAGCUGAAAGUGACUGCUAUGUUAACAUCUUUGGACCUCUGGUCAGAUCAGAAUAAGAUUUUAUCUACCGGGGAUCCUAAUGAACUACUACAAAGAUUUGUGUUAUGGAAAAAAAAAGUUUUGUUUCAAAAGUCCCAUGAGGUCACAUUCUUAUUAAUUUAUAGGGAUUAUCCUACUUACGUGGGAGCAACAUAUCGUGGAAUGGCAUGUGAUUCAAAGCUUGCUGCAGGAAUUGCUCUGCCCCUGGCAACCACCAUUCUAUUCUCUGCUUUUGAUCGUGUCAGCUGUGAACACUCAUAAUUUUGCUUCUUCCUUUCCAAGUGAGAUGUCAUUUAUUUAUUUUAUUGCUUAUUGCUCUUGCUGGCUCUUCCAAUGUUAUAUUAAAUAGAAUUGGUGAGAGAGAGAACAUUCUGUCUUAUUCUUGAUCUUAGAGGAAAAACUUUCAGGAAUUCACUAGUGAGUAUGUUAGUUGUGAGCUUUUCAUACAUGUAAUUUAUUAUGUUAAGGUAGUUUUCUCAUAUUCCCAUUUUGUUGAUUGUUGCUUAUCACAAAAAGGUGUUGAAUCUCAUGAAAUGUAUUUUCUGCAUUAACUGAGAUGACCAUGAGGAUUUUACCCUUCAUUCUGUGAAAAUGGUAUGUUACAUUGAUAGAUUUUCCUAUGUUAGUUAAUUAAUCCCUGUAUUCCAGGGGGAAAAACCUCACUGACUCCUGGCGUAAAGUCCUUUUAAUGUGCUAUUGAAUUCAGUUUGCUACUAUUUUGUUGAGGAUUUUUGCAUUAAUAUUUGUCAGGGAUAUUUGUCUCUAAUUUUUUUCUUGUUGAGGGUUUUGGUGUCAGGUAAUGCUGGCCCCAUAAGAUGGGUUUGUGAGUAUCCCUUCUUCGAUUCCGUGGAAGAGUUUGAGGAGGAUUGGCAGUAAAUCUUUGUUAAAUGUUUGGUAGAAAUUACCAGGAAACCAUCA